AUGCCGGGGAUCCUGGAGAAGGACCUUCGCGACGGCCUGGUUCCCGACGAUGCCCAAGCUGCAGCGCCCGAGGCCGAGCAGCCGAUCGAGGAGUUUGUCGUCGUCAACCAGGAAAUCUUUAUCGAGGUCAACUUCCGCGAGCAGAGUGUCCAGGGGGAGAGCCGGAUCACCAUCUACCUCAUCAACCCCGACGACCCGCCAGAUGAAGUCGCUUUGGACGCCCGCCAAUGCGAGAUCGACACAGCCAAAAUCCGCGUCAACGGCAAGAAUGUCCGGGCUACAUACCGGGAUCCCUACGAGGCUCUCGACGUCCCGCCAUCCUGGGACCUCGCGGCGGUCAACUUCCCUGUGCUCAAGAACCGGAUGAAGCACCUGCUGCCGCGUCGCCGCCGAGACCUGCCCGUCGAGAAGCGGGAGCAGAUUGGAUGCAGCCCGGCCGACCGCUCUCUGCGUGUGGCCCUGCAUCCUGACUUGCCGGCCGUGUACUCGACACAGACCAGACCGCCGCUGCCGCAGCCGGGCAAGCUCAAGGUCCGCCUGUCCACCGUUGGACUGCAGGAGAACGGUGGUCGAGCAGAGGCAAACAAGGCUGGAGCUGCGUCUGCGCCUGCGGCCAGCACAACGGUGCCCGACCAGCCAACCGACGGCCUCUUUGAGAUUGUCGUCCCGUUUCGCACAACGCACAUCCGUGACGGGCUCCAGUUCGUCGGCGUCAACGACAACGACACGCGUUUCCCCCACGUCUACACACGACACUCGCCCGAGCCAGGAUUAGCGGCCUGCAUAUUUCCCUGCAUCGACGAUUUUGGCUCGCGCUGCUUCUGGAAGAUUCACAUCAAGUGUCCCCGCACGCUCGGCGACGCCCUGAUGCAGGAGCUCGCCUCGCACCAGUCGUCCAACAACGCGGCCGCGGCCGGACACGAGCUGGCUGCCACGACCAACGGACACCAGGGCCAAGGCCGGCCGGAACAGGGCGGCGGCCAUCGGCAGCUGCAGCUGACGGAAGAAGACAAGCUGCUGGACAUGACAGCAGUGUGCUCCGGGAACCUCGUCGGGGAGAAGGUCGACGAGGUGGAUGAGACAAAGAAGAUCAUGACGUUUGAGAUCACGGAUCACGGCUCUGCGGCACACCAUAUCGGGUUCGCCGUCGGCCCGUUUGAGCACGUAGAUCUCUUUUCCGAGUUUCGAUCAGAAGAAGCGGACGAGAAGCUGGGCGCGAGCGCCCUUAAGAUCCACGGCUACUGCCUGCCCGGGCGACAGGAUGAGGUGCGGAACACAUGCGCGGCAAUGGCACAUGCUGCGGACGAGUUUGCCAUGUCGUACGGGCGGUAUCCAUACGACAGCUACAAGGUCUGCUUCGUGGAUGACAUGAUCCCGGACACGACGCCGCUGCUUUCGUUCUCGCUGUGCAGCAACCGGCUGCUCUUCCCGGAAGGAAUCGAGGACCGGGAUAUCGAGGUGACGCGAAAGCUGGUGCACUCGCUUGCGUACCAGUAUUUCGGGGCCUACAUCGUGCCGAACCAGCGGACAGAGCUGUGGCUGACCGUCGGGAUUGCCUACUACAUGACGGACCUGUUCCUCGGCAAGCUCUGCGGAAACAACGACUACCGGUUCCGGAUCAAGACGAUGGCCGACCGGCUGGCAGAGGAGGACCGGGGCCGGCCGUCGCUGCACGAGCUGGGCACAUAUACGUUCUUGGGCGACUUUGAGCUGGACUUUCUGGUUCUCAAGGCACCGCUAGUACUGUUCAUCCUCGACAAGCGGCUGACCAAGGCCGCGGGCUCGGCGAGCGCGAGCCUCGCUCGGGUGAUCUCCAAGAUUAUCAGCAAGGCGAACACAUCUGGUUGGGGUGAUAAUAACAACGAAAUCAUCUCGUCCGAGACCUUCCGACGAGUGUGUGAGAAGACUAGCCAGUACCAGCUGGAGGCGUUCUGGAACCAGUGGGUAUUGGGAUCAGGGUGUCCGUGGCUCAGCAUCAAGCAGCGAUUCAAUAGAAAGCGGCUGUGCGUGGAGAUCAGCAUCCUGCAGACGCAAGAGGCGGGCUCGGCCAAGCCGCAGCCGAUCCGGCACGAGGACUUUUGGCGGGAGCUGGUGGAGACCAAGUACGGGACGUACUCGCGCAAGGCACAGCGGCUGUUUACAGGGCCGAUGACGAUCCGGAUCCACGAAGCAAACGGGACACCGUACGAGCACAUUGUGGAGAUCCGGGAGGACGCGGCAUUCACGGGCGGGGCCAAGUUUGACAUUCCGUACAACACGAAGUACAAGCGGCUUAAGAGGAACCGCCGGCAUCGUGAGCGUGCGGCAGCAGCGGCGGCGGCGGACGCGAACGGCGAGCACAGCGAGGAGAUGAUUGUGUUCUCGCUAGGCGACCGGCUGGAUAGCCCGGAGGACAUGGCCAAGUGGGAUCUGAUCGACUGGACGGAGCAGGACGAGAAGAACAUGGACCAGGAGUCAUACGAAUGGAUCCGGAUCGACUCAGACUUUGAGUGGCUGGUCAAGAUGCACACGAAUAUGCCGUCGUGGAUGUACCUAUCGCAGCUGCAGCAGGACCGAGACGUGGCGGCACAGCAGGACACUCUGCUGUACCUGUCGCGGAUCAGAGAGCACGCGAUGGCGGCGACGAUUCUGACGCGGACGCUGUACGAUGAGCGGUACUUCCACGGGCUGCGGACGAUGGCGGCAUCGGUGCUCUCGCGGCAGGCGUGGAAGGCGUCGGACAGCCACGCAGACGCGGACGGGGCAGAGAACGGCGGACAGGAGACGGAGGGCAGCCGAAACGGUGGUGCUGGCGGCAAUGCGGGCAGCAGCGGUGGCGACACGGUGGUGUUUCGGGGCAUGACACAGCUGAUGCGUGUGUUUCGGGAAUUCUUCUGCUAUCCGGACGCGACGUCGCGGCCAAACGACUUUUCAGACCACCAGCGGUACCUGGUUCAGUGCGCGAUGAUCGAGGCGAUCUCCAAGGCACAGUACGAUGACAAGCAUCCGCGCGAGGCGCAGCGAUUUCUGCUGGACCUGCUCCGGUUCAACGACAACUCGCAGAACAGCUUCUCGGACUACAUUUACGUGGCGAAGCUGCUGGUGGCGCUGGCGACGAGCUUCUGCUCCAAGACAGGGCCGACAGGGUCGAAGAAGCAGCAGCAGCAGCAGCAGCAGCAGCAGCAAAAGGACAUGGUGCUCACGUUUGAUGACGCUAUGAGCGACGAGGAUUUUGACCUGGGAGCGGACCUGCAUCGGAUGGAAGUCGACACGGAGGGACAGCAGCUGCUGGAGGAGGCGCUGGCGGAGAUUGAGCGAUACCGACGGAUGGACGAGUGGACAGGAUCGUACCAGAAUCUGUGGACGACGGCAGCGUUGGAGGGCAAGCGGCUACUGAUGCAGGCGGGCGUGAUUCCGGUGGACGCACUGGAGUUUGUGCGAUAUCUGCAGGACGGGACGGUGGACGUGGUGCAGCUGCAGGCAUUUGAGGCGCUGGUGGAGCUGGGGCUGAUGCUGCGGCCGUCGAUCCUGAAGCUGCUGCUGGCAACGAUGACGCUGCACAGCUCUCCGUUUGUGCGAGACCGACUGUUUAAGCUGUUCUGCCGGGGUCUAGCAGCGAUAGCCUUUGGCGAGCUGGAGGUGCCGGAGUCGGGGGGAGGAGAGUCGGGGGCGCGAGAGCGGCAGAAGGAACGGGAGAGCGCAGACGCAAACGACGAGGACAACGACAACGGAGGGGUGAUUAUCGAGCAGGGCGAUGCGGUGAUUCGGCAGCACCAGGAGCAACACGCGCGGCGGGAGAGCAUCGCGGCGGCGGUGCGGGCGCUGAAGGAAGCGGUGGGCAACAAGGAGGAGCUGCUGAAGGCGAUGUGGUCAGCGGUGCUGUCGACAGCGACGGGCAGCACGGAGAAGCGCAACCUGCUGGAGCUGCUAGAGGCCAUGUUUGACGGCGAGCUGUCGCUGCUGCUGACGGUGCGGCAGCCAACAAUGUGGACGGUGCGGCGGCGGACGGCGACGAGCUGCGUGCUGGACUUUCGACAAGUGCCUCGACCGCUGCGGACGACGGCGGUGGUGGCGCCAGAGGUGGUGGUGCCAGUGAUGACGAUGCCGGCGAUGGUGGACGUGAAGCCGGUGAGCCUGAGCUCGGGGCUCUCGUCAGCCACACCGGCGAUUUCGGCUAUAAGCGGCUCGGCCGUGAUUUCAGCCACACAGCUGCCGCCCCCCAAUCACAAGCCAGCGUCUACGCCGACGGCGCCGAGAACAGCCCCUCCGGUCAGCGCGCGUGCCGAUACCAACGUGCUGGCUUCCGGACAGAGGACGCGGCUGCCGGAUCUGCCCAAGAAGGCGACAGCGCCCAAGAUCAAGCUGCAGACGGGUCGCACACCGCUCGGGUCGUCUUCCUUGUCGGCCGGCUCCAGAGGUGGCGGCAGUGGCGUCACGCCGACGAGUGCGGGCGGAGCAGCCGGCGCCACUAGCAGCAGCGGCUCGCCAAUGAUGCGAAAGCCGACCGUCUCGUUGCAGGCGUCUUCAGUGCAGGCGCCAGCAGCAACAGCAGCAACAGCAGCAAUAGCACCGAUAGCCCCGAUAGCACCGACAACAGCGAUAACGACAACCAGUACGGCAACUACAAAAGCGUCGGCUCCUGCAGCAGGUUCGUCGACCGUCGUGGCUGACUCGAUUGCCGUGCAGCGCCGGAGUCUCGGUCACAGUCACGGUCACGGACACGGCCCCAGUCACGGCCUCAGCCACGGCGUGAAUCACAGCCACAGUCUCAGCCACAAUCUCAGCCACGGCCACAGCCGGCUGUCAGACAAGGCGAACAGCAGUCCGGCCAACCGAGUACGGACGCCGCUGGGUAAUGGUGGCAGCAGCGGCAAGCGCAAGCGGGAGAUGCGCGACGAGGAGGGCAGCAGUGGCGGCAGUCCGCGACAGCGCAAGAUGGUCAAGAUAGCGGUACCGCGCAGCUACCACUACCGGCUGAGUCCACAGGCGAGUCUCUGGUUGGAGACGCCGCGACGGAGCGGACGACCGAUGACGGACGGGUCGAUUCGGGCAGUGGGUGUGAGUGGCAGCAGUGGUGGCAUCUUUGGCAACCGUGCCGGCACGUCCAAGUCGUCGUCCAAGGCAUCGACGCCGUCUCGCAUGUCCUCGCCCAAGGUGACGGCAAUGGCGGCGGCGACAGCCAGCGGCCGCAUCCGGCUCUCAUCCACGCCCGGCCCCGACAGCACAGCGUCCAACAAGGCCAACAGCCGACCAACACCACCGCCACACAGCUUCGGUGGGGGUGGCGGCGGAGGCGGCUCUUCGUCUUCGUCCAAACCGGCUCGCAAGCCGCUGCCGACUCGGCCGACAGGAGCGGCUACGACACCUCCCGGAAAUAGUAGCACACCACUCGGCGGACCGGCGACAGGAGCAGCAGCAGCUGCAGCAACAGCAGCAGUUGCUGCGCCGCCGGCAGCCCACAAACCGAUCUUUAUCAAGUUUAAGAACAAGUCGGCUUCAUGA